AUGCCAGAAGAUGCUUUGUUGGGUGCUUGGAAAAAAUCUGCUCAUAAGCUAUGGGUGAAACGACUAAGACGUACCUCAUCUUUGGCUGAGCUUUUGCAGGUUCUUGGUGAUUUUGUUGGUGUCAUCAACGAGGAACGAUUAUGUGAAUGCAAUAGUGCAAGUUGCACUUUGGCUGGUGAGAUUGGAUGCCUUAAUUGCUUCAUACUUGGAAAGAGCCCAUUCUCAGAAAAGGCUGGAAAUUAG